CCUGUCAUGUCGCAGCAGCUGCCCCCGAUGCUCUCCGUGCCGGAGAAGAAGACGGCCGCCGCCGAGCUCUUCCGCGACCGCCACUUCUUCAACUCCCCCUUCUUCACCGAUCUACGCGACGCCCGCGCGUGCCUCUCCGCCCCAAACCCCCAAACCCAGCCGCCCUCAUCCAGCCGCGCGCUCCUCCUCCGGUACCACCGCCUCCUCUACUCCGCGCGCGACGACCCCUGCGCCUUCGACGACAACCUAGCCUUCACCUGGCACGACGCCUUCCGGCCCAACCUCAAGCACACCUCCGCGCUCCUCCGGUUCGAGAAGGCCGCCGUCGUGUUCAACGUCGGCGCCGCCUCCUCGAGGAUCGCGGCGGCCGUGGACCGGGCGGCGGAGGGCGGGGUCAAGGCGGCGUGCGGGGAGUUCCAGCGCGCCGCGGGGGCGUUCCGGGCGGUGGGGGAGAUGAUGGAGGGGCAGGAGGGGACGCUGGAUAUGAGCCCGGAGGCCUCGGCGAUGCUGGAGCGGCUCAUGCUCGCGCAGGCGCAGGAGUGCUGCUUCGAGCGCGCUCUCGCGGCCGGAACAUCGGCGGCGGCGUGCUCCAAGGUGGCCAGGCAGGCUGCCUUGUACUACGAAGAAGCUUAUGCUGCACUGGUUAUCCCUCCGCUGCAGAACCACUUUGAUAGAUCAUGGUUAUCUCACAUCCAGUUGAAGGCAGCUCAAUUCAAUGCAGAAGCUUGCUAUAGGUAUGCUAUGGAACUGCACGAGAAGACAGAAAUCGGCGAGGAGAUAGCUCGGCUACAGGUUGGGAUCAACGCAGUUGCUGAUGCGAAGAGAACUGCCAGGGGAGCCCCUGCGCCCCUUUACGAUUCUGUUACCAGGCUAGAGCAAGAUAUGAACCGGAGCCUGGAGAGGGCAGUGAACGAGAACAACCGCAUCUACCUUAUGCGGAUCCCAGCAGCCAAAACGUUGUGGCCUUUGCCUGCAGCUUCGCUUGUCCGAUCUGCUUCCACGAGUGAGGUCUUAGAUGCGAAGACGGAAACUGGCCUUCAGUCCUCAUAACUGAAUGCUGCGAUGAAGCAUGGUAAAGAUGUGAUGCUGCAUCUGCAUGGUGAAGAUUGUCUGCUGAAACAAAGAUUCUUGCAGAGGUCUUGUACAUUGGUCUUUGUAUCUAGUAUUGUAGCCAGUGUCAGUUGGCUUGCCAAGCCAGGACCAUUCUCGUUGAGCCUUGUGAAAUGGUCAAGAGUUGUCUUACUACUGGAGUUACCCGCGGUUCUGCCUCCAUUUGUGCCGCAGUGAAGUGUUCAUCUGCAUAAUAC